AUGAAUCAUACCACAAGCGCAGACGGCCUCGGCGGCUUUCCAAAAGACCACAGGUCAUCUCCAGGAUCUCCCGACACUAGAUCAGACGGGUUCGCUCGCCACGUCGAGACGCAGGACGAAUGGCCGUCCAGUCCAGUAAUUUCCCAAAGAUACGGUCGACAUGACGCACAAGGCCUCUUGGUCGAUUUCGAACAUACAGACGCAUACACGAUGCCCAGGAAAGCGCCCCUGCCUCCUCCUCACAGCAGUCCAGUCUCGCUGUCGAGUCGCACCAGCACCACUGCUGCCGAUCAUUCCUCUUCGGCCUCUGAACCACUGAUCGCGAUACCCUAUGAGUCCACGUCUAGCGCCGACUCCCAGACGCCCUCAGGGCCUCAGAUCAGAUUCAGCGACGCCUAUCGGAAAUGGUGGUUGGAACAGUAUUCCCGGCCAGCGCCACUAGUGCAGAUUGCAAAUAAGAGACCAGCUCGCGGGAAUUGGCAAGGCUUCUGGCUCGCUCGAGGCACACUGAGAGGGUGCGAUAACGUGAUAGAGCAACAGGGCCCCGGAUAUUGGCUGGCAAGGGGGACAGUGAAGGACGCUGAGCAGUACGGAAGCGCCGAGACGUCCCUUCGCCUCUGGAAGCGUGUCGCAAACAAGAUACGAAGCGUCAGCAGCGAGGAGAAAUGA